UCGUCAUCUGGUAGUUUUUCUUUUGGCAUUUACCAGAGAGGAUAAAAUCUAAAGAGUCGCUUGUAUUUGAAUCACAAGAAUAAUGAGAAGAUUUCGUCUUCAGCGCAUGCUGAAAAAGGUUAUACGCUCCUUUUUAACCCUGAUGCUUCUUUUAUAUGUCUUUACAAUACUUUUUUCAAGAGUCAAUGAAGGCAUGUUCUUUCAUAAUAUCUUGGGAUCAAGAAGACAGCAACUGACAGUAAAAUAUGACAUUAAUUGCUCAGGAAUAUAUGACAUGGAACCUGUUGAAGUUGGAAAAUCUUUAGUUGUUCGAAAAAAUAAAGAUGAGGGGCCUUCUGACAUGAACAUUGUGAAGGCGAUCUCUGACUGUGAACGAUUUGUUGUAUCACGGGGUUUAAAUGCGAUACAAGGCUCUGAGUUUGAGCGUGAGUUUCCUCUUGCUUACUCUUUGGUUGUUCACAAGAAUGCUGAUCUUGUGGAGAGAUUAUUAAGGGCCAUUUAUAUGCCACAUAAUGUUUAUUGCAUACAUUAUGACCAGAAGUCUUCAGAUGACUUUAAAUCAGCGAUGCAAGGACUGUCCCGCUGCCUCCCUAACGUCUUCAUUUCCUCAAAACUCGAAAGGGUGCAGUAUGCAGGCAUCUCACGCCUCAAAGCGGAUCUCAAUUGUCUGUCUGAUCUCCUGGAGUCUGACGUCAAGUGGAAGUAUGUCAUCAACCUGUGUGGUCAGGACUUUCCUCUGCGGACGAAUGCUGAACUGGUGUCAGAUCUAAAGAUGCUUAAAGGAAUGAACAUGGUGGAGAGCAAGAGACCAGGGGAAAAGGAAUGGCGCUGGAGAUUUCACCAUGACUUAAAAAGUAACUUAAAUGAAUAUUAUGAGUCACCUGUCACCACCUUUGAGGAUAAACCUCCACCACCUCAUAACAUCGAAAUGUUUGUGGGCAGUGCGUACUUUACAAUCUCACGAGAAUUUGCACUUUUUGCUGAGCGGAGUUCUCUUGCCAGAGAUUUCUUGGAUUGGUCUGAGGACACAUAUUCACCCGAUGAACAUUUUUGGGCAACUCUGGUUCGUGUGUCAGGAGUACCAGGAGAGGUGCAGAGAUUUAAACCUGACAUCUCAGAACUAGAGAGUAAAACCCGUCUUGUGAAGUGGUUGUAUUUUGAAGAGGAUCUUUACCCACCAUGCACUGGUGAGCAUGUACGGUCUGUGUGUGUUUAUGGUGCUUCCGAGCUCAGGUGGCUUCUAAACUAUGGUCACUGGUUUGCUAAUAAAGUGGACCCCAAUGUAGAUCCUAUUCUUAUUGAAUGUUUAGAGGAGAAUCUUUUAGAAAAAAGGCUGAUGUCAAAUCAACAGUAAAAUCGUUUUUUAGUGACUGUGAAAGGGGACUAAAGCGUUGUCCUCAAACUAAUACAAACUACCUUCUGGACUUAAUUUCUGGUCGUAUGUUUCUUGUGGCAGAACCAGGAUAGGAUCACAUGUUUCUUGUAGAGAGUGGUUUUUAGGCCGCUUUGUAUGCCAUACUCUCUCUCUGAGUCUCGUCUGUGUUUCCCCGGCCUAUCAUCUUGUUAUUGCCUGUAAGUAAUGCCCCACACCUGUCCCCUAUUGAUUAUACUCCCUAUUUAUUGACCUUGUGUUUCUUGUCUUGUGCUGGUUCAUUGUCAAUUGUCAUUUGUCACUCGUUGCUUGUGUCUUGUGGGCAUGGAAAAUAAUCUUAUUUAACAGUAGGGGGGGACAAUAAACAUAAAAUUUCUCAAGAACAAUUUUUGAAGGAGACACAAAUAAUGCAGUCAAAAUUGUACUUACUACGACACAAAGCGACAAUAUGUUUUGAAAUAUGAAAAUUUGUUUUAUACUUGUUGGAAACUGAAUGUAUAAUUUAUUACAAUUCUCGUUCUUAUGCUCUCUUAUAAAUUAAUUGUUAAAAACUGA